AUGCUUCGCCGACCGAGCGUGUUCGUGUCGCGGUCGCUCGACGCGCACUUUAACCUUGCGUGGGAAGACUUUCUGCUACGAACGGCACCGAGCGAAGUGCCGGUGUGCUUCCUGUAUCGCAAUGCGCCGUGCGUUGUCGUGGGGCGCAACCAAAAUAUAUGGACCGAGCUCGACGCACGCGCGAUGCACCGUGCGCAUAUUCCGGUCGUGCGGCGCCGCUCGGGGGGCGGAACGGUGUACCACGACGAGGGGAAUGUAAACUUUUCGUUCCAUGUGCCGCGCAAUGCGUUUGCGCGGCAUACGCACACGGAGCUCGUCGCACACUCGCUCGCACGGCCGCCGGUCGGCCUGCCGACGCGGUUUGGCGAGGCGCCAGUGCAGGUCAACGACCGCAAUGACCUGUACGUCUACGCGCGCGACGCUGCAAACGCGGCGCCCGAUGCACGGCGCAAGGUUUCGGGGAGCGCGUACAAAAUCAUUAGCCAGCGUGCCUACCAUCACGGCACACUGCUCCUCGACGCAGACCUCGGGCGGAUGCGCUUCCUCAAGCGCAGUGGGGGGGCGGCUAUCACGUCCAAAGGCAUUGAUUCGGUCCCGUCGCCGGUCGCCAACCUCGCCGCGACGUUUCAAGAGCAUGCGCACCGCUUGCAUCCCGAAAAUGUAUACCAGGCAAUCGCCGCUGCGUUUGCCGAGACGUACGGCGCAGGCGACACGCACGACGUCGACGAAGCGAACCUCGACGCCGAGGCACAGGUCGGCAAGGCCGUGCACAGCGCGCGGAAAAACUACGACGAGCUGCACACCUGGGACUGGGUCUAUGGGUCGUCGCCCGACAUGCAGGUCGACGUGACGACCGACGCGACGCCAUGGGACGGCACACAGCUCGCGCUGACGCUGCACACGCAGCGCGGCAUCGUGAGCACAGUCGACGUGCGCCGCCUCGACCGCGAGGACCUGCGUCCGGCACUCGAGGGGCUCGUCGGCGCGCCGUACGACGCUUUGGCGCUGCCCCCUCCAUCGGCGGCGCCGGCACAGACACUGCACAGCAAGGGGCCUGUGGAAGAGGCCCUGGCGCAGUGGUUGCGGAAAGCAUUGUAG